CUUCCUCGACGACGCCUUUCGUUCGGGAGAGGCCUCCGACCACCACCCCUUCUCGCUUCGCUCACAAAUCGUGUAUGGACUCGAAACCACAAACCGUCUUCGCCAUCGAACCCACCUCCGACCUAAGCGAGGCCAAAAACAACACCAACGGUGCAGGACAGAUCUUCAAGGUUGCGUUUUUCAUGCUCCGCCGUCGCCAGUCGAAGAAAUCCAAGGUAUCCGUCGACAUGGGCCCCGAUAAGGGCAUGUGGCGGCGGUUGUUGGGCUCCAUGCGUCCUCUCCACAUCCAUGACAAUGAAGAAUCGGCUCCCGUUGCAACUGUCGAAUCUGUCACUCCUUCGACGAAAUCCAAGGAGGAUUUCGAGGACGCGUUGCCGAUGGCAUUGCCUUCGCCAUCACCAUUGUCGUCGUCUUCUCCUACAUCGAGGUCGUCUUCUUUCAACACAAGCCACUACGUCUCCGCUGCCAACCUUCAAGACCUUGAUGACAUUGGCAACGACGAUAAUGACGACCAACGCUCCACCAGAGACGACGGCGAAGGCGACGAGAUGAUCGACGCUAAGGCGGAGGAGUUCAUUGCGCAAUUCUACGAGCAGAUGAGGCGUCAACGUUACGACAUCUAUUGAAAUGAAGACGAACAAGAAGCCUUUCUGUUAAUCAAAUGUCUCUGCAUGGGGUUGCAUGGAUCUUUACAGACUCAAUUACUGCGUUUUAUGAUAUUAUAUUUUGAUUUUCGUUUCGAGUCAAAGAGCUUAGGGUUUCAGAUAGAAGUUAUUUUUCAUCAUUCUGAAAAGUGAGAACAGAUGAUAAAAUAUUAAAAAAAAGAAAAAAAAACUUAAUUUUUUUUUGGGUUAAAUUAAUUAAUUUGGUUAGUUUUGCUUAAUUUUGAGAGAUAUGUGGAAGUUGCUGGUUCAAAUAUUGUAAUUUUGA